AUGCCCCCGCAAAGAAGGAGGAGGCCGGUGGACGACGAGGACGUUGAAGAGAAUCCUCGACCCAGACAACGAGCAAAUCGCGAUGAUUCGGAACAAGAUGGCGAAUACGACUCUGAGAACGGCAUGGACGUCGAUGACCAGGCAGGUAAUAGUGCCGACGACCAACUGGCCAAGAAACUUGUCCGCUAUGCCAUAUCAUGCGAAUACUCGCGAACUCCAAUACGCCGCGACGGCAUCAAGGAAAGAGUUCUCGGCAACCAAGGACGAUCCUUUAAGCGAAUAUUUGCCCUGGCGCAAAAACAAUUGAAACAUGUUUGGGGCAUGGAGCUCCCUAUGAAGUCGAACUCGCAGCCCAAAAUAGGAUCCGGCGCCUACAUAUUGACAUCCACGUUACCAAACGCCUACCGCAGCGCAUCUAUCAUAAAGCCAUCCCGAAUUCCUAGUGCAGAUGACGAAGCAACAUACGUCGCAUUCUACACGCUGGUAGUUUCUUUGAUUUGGCUAAAUGGCGGCGAGCUUAGCGAGCAAAAGCUGAAGCGAUAUCUCCUUCGCCUUAACGCUGACCAGAAUGUAUCGAGCGAGAAGACGGAGGUAACGAUGAAAAAGAUGGAACGGCAUGGCUACGUGGCAAAGAAGGUAGACCGUCCGCCGUUGGGCCAGGAUGGCGAGCAAACCAUCACAUGGCAUGUCGGACCAAGAGCUAAAGAAGAGAUUGGUCUGGACGGGGUGAUGGGCUUGGUGCGCGAACUAUACGGAGAAUCCUCCGACGAACUGGAGGCGAAGCUUAGUGCUAGUCUUGGGAUAAAAGAGAAGCGAACGACGAGAGAGGAAGGAAAUGAGGCAGAAGCUAGUGAUUCUCGGGGACGGAACGAAAAUGGCGAUUAG